AUGAACCCCCGGAGGGGCAGGACGGAAGGGCCGGGCAGGGAGAGCGGGGGGCAGGCACGGAAGGAGGCGGCGAUUCAUAAAACCACUUUGCCGAGCGGCGGCCGGGACCGGGACCGGGACCGGGACCGGGACCGGACAGUGAAAGUCCGGGUGGAGCCCAAAGCAGACCGUGCCCGGCUGUCGGCACCCCGCGGCCGGCUGAGGCGGGGCACGGGCGGCAUCCGACGGACUCGGAGAGUCCCUGGCAUCCCGGAGGGGUUCAGCCGCGAGGGCAGCACAUAUUCCCGGGGGCUGCCGCCCCCUCCCGGGGUUACACAACGGCGGGACCGGGGCGACCCGUCCCACUUCCUCCUGCAGGACACAGACAACUCUGGUGCCACCAUCCUACACCUGGCAGCCCGCUUCGGUCACCAUGAGGUGAUCGACUGGCUCCUCCGCUUUGGAGGCAGCGACCCCACGGCAGCCACCAACACGGGAGCACUGCCCGUCCACUACGCCGCGGUGAAAGGGGAUUUCCCUUCCCUGCGACUCCUCUUGGGACACUGCCCCAGUACGCUGAGUGCCCAGACCAAGACGGGGGCCACCCCGCUGUACCUCGCCUGCCAGGAAGGCCACCUGGAGAUCAUCCAGUACCUGGUGCAGGAUUGUGGGGCUGACCCCCACGCGCGCGCUUACGACGGCAUGACGCCACUGCACGCCGCUGCCCAGAUGGGCCACAACACUGUCAUCGUAUGGCUGAUGAGCUUCACGACGGUGAGCCUGUCAGAGAGGGAUGCCGAGGGGGCCACGGCCAUGCACUUCGCCGCCAGCCGUGGCCAUGCCAAGGUGCUGAGCUGGCUGCUGCUGCACGGCGGGGAGAUCACUGCCGACGGCUGGGGCGGCACUCCGCUGCACGAUGCCGCCGAGAAUGGCGAGCUGGAGUGCUGCCAGAUCCUGGUGGUGAACGGUGCCGACCUCAGCAUCCGUGACCAGGAUGGCUACACAGCAGCCGACCUCGCCGAAUACAAUGGCCACAGCCACUGCGCCCAGUACCUGCGCACCGUGGAGAACAUGAGUGUGGAGCACCGUGUGCUGUCACGAGACCCCUCAGCGGAUGGGGAAUGCCGACAGCCCGACUCGGGCAUGUCAUCGCCCAACACCACGGCGUCGGUGCCCCAGGCACGCUUCGAGGUGGGCUCCCCUGCCAGCACCCUCUCCAACUACGACUCCUGCCACUCCAGCCAGUCCAGCACCGGGGAGAAGAGGGGCGGCCCCCCAGGGGCCCCCGCCGCCCGGGCCCCGCCACCCCCUGGCUACCCUGCACCUGCACCCCCCGCUGCCCCCCACACCGCUGACAUCUACGUGCGGGCCAAGAACAACCUGCGGCAUGUGGAGAGCCAGGCGCUGCGCCGAGAGCUGGCAUCACGAGACAGCAGUCCCGAGGGCCUGCGCCGGGCCGACUCCAGCAGGCGGUCAAGGAAUUUCGGCAAGCAGCCGAGCACCGGUGACUACUACAAGCACCUGGGGCACGUCGUGGCCGAGCAGCCAGGCCCCCAGCGAAUGGCGCACACCGAGGAGGCAUCACCCAUCUCGGCGGACACCAUGAGCAAUGGGGAGAGCAAACCUGGUGCCGAGCUGCCCCCUCCGCCCCCGGGGGCCGGCGGGCUUGGCCGCUGCUCGGCGCCCGCUUUAUUAGCGCCGGCUCCCGGCACCGGGGGGUCUCAGCCGGCGCUGGAUGGCAGCGCGCGCGUCCCGCUGGGCCCUCAGCACCCGCAGCCCUUUGGCUCCGGCUUGCCGGCCGCGGGGAGGGGGCUCUGCCUUGGCACGGUACCAUGGGCCGUUAGGGACUCACGCAUGGCUGGCACGGACGGCACCAAGUCCUUCAACAUGAUGUCCCCAACCGGCGACAACUCGGAGCUGCUGGCCGAGAUCAAAGCUGGGAAGAGCCUCAAGCCAACGCCACAGAGCAAAGGCUUCACCACCGUCUUCUCCGGCAGCGGCCAGGGAGGGGCCAACGCAGAGUCGCCAGUGUCCUCCCCGUCACCCACCAGGACGCCCACCCCGCCGGCCACCCCCGAGGCUGCUGGGCCACCACGCUGCCUGGCGGGGGGCUCACCAGAGCCGGUGCUGAACGGAAGCUCACCGGUGCCGGCGGCAGGCGCUGGGGCAGCGGUGGAGGUGGAGGCGCUGGUGCCGAGCCAGGACGAGCAGGGUCGGCCCAUCCCCGAGUGGAAGCGGCAGGUGAUGGUUCGCAAGCUGCAGCUCCGCAUGCAGGAGGAAGAGGAGCAGCGGCGCAAGGUAGGGGGGGGGUCCCACGUGCUGCGGCGGCGAGCGCGGCGCGGGCAUGGCCCAAGCAGCUCCGGACCUGGCGAGAUGGCGUGCGUGGCAUUGCCUCUGGCUCCCAGUUGGUCUGGGGACCAGCCUACCUGCAUGCAGAGGCGUCAUACCCCGGGGAUGCCACCCACGGCGGCAGUGGCAGGAGUGGGCAGCCCCGGUGCCCAACACGACGCCCGGAGCGAGAUCCUGGGUUGCGGGGUCUCUGUCCGCAGCCUCAAGGCCAACUACGAGGGGCCAGGGGGGCCCCCUGCACCUCCCCCCAGGGUCACUAAGCGCAAGCGGGUGCAGCCCCGUGGUAGCACCCGCCGGCCCAUCCUGGAGGAGGAAUACGGGGACGGGGCGCUGCGGCGGAGCAGGCCAGCGCUGCCGGAGCCAAGCAGCCCGCAUGAACGCGCCAAGGGGUGCAAGGAGCGCGCCGUCUUCCUCUUCCUGGAGCACUGGAAGAAGCGGGCACUCGCGGCGGUGCCUGGGGAGGAGCGGCCGCGGCGGCCGGGGAGGCGGCGACCGUCAGCGGGGCGGCUGCUGGCCCGCUGGAGGAGUGUCGCCCGCCGGGUCCCAGGGCGUCAGAUCCGGCGGCUGAGCCGCACCACGGUGCUGUACUGGCCCCAACACUUCCUGCCCCACGUCGGCGGCUCACCCAUGCCCCACGACAGCCUCCCGCUCGACCUCUUCAUGCUCGGCUACUUCCAGCUGCUGGAGAUGCCCCUCAGCCCCGAGGAGCGGCGCUUCCGCCACCUCCUCUGCUACGAGAUGUUUGACCGCCUGGGCAGCCACAGCUGGCACCGCGUCCGCCAUUUCCACCGCACCGUGCUGGAGCAGGUCGAGGCUGGCCACCGCCAUUGGCUUGACGGCUUCGAGGAUCUCGUGCAGGAGUUUUUUGGGGAUGACCCUGUGGCAGUGGUAGAGAGCCUGCCAGAGACACCCACCAUGGCUCCGGAGGGGCAGGGGGCAGCACUGCCAGUGCCAGAGCUGGGAGAGUUCAGCGAGGAGGACGUCUGCCGCUUCAUUGACCGCAGCUUCUCCUUCUGGAAGGAGAAGGAGGCAGAGAUGUUUGACACCUGAGUCCGGCAGGAUGCGGCAGGCUGUGCCAGUGGUGUGGCGUGGGGCGGUAGCAAGCUCAGGGGACAGCUGUGGGCUGGUGCCCGCGUGUGCUCGCCUGCCUCUGUGGCUCGUGGUGCAGCUCAGAUUUGCAGAGGGCUGGGUGCUGUUCUGCGUGGCCCCGGGCCGAGGUUGCAGUGUGUGCGGCUUGCCGUGGCUGUGUGUUGUGUGGGAGGCGCAGCGGCAGGGCUGCGCUCCCCUCUGCUGUGGUGUUUGCGGUGCCGGGGCAGCGUGGGCCCCCGCGUGUCGUGCAAUAAAGCUGUGGUGUGCUCCAAGGGUUGGCCACGCCAGGCGCUCCUUCCUCCUCCCGGCGCCGGCGGAAGGCGGGCAGUGAGGGGCGCGUCGGCGAGCCCUGUGCUGGUGAACCCCACCAGCACCGUGCCACGGAGGGCGGCUGCCAGAAGGAUGCGAUGCCGCGCACCAGGAUGAUGCUGCGGCCCCACGGUGCCGGCAGUGAGGGCGGGCUCCCGGCGGUGGCAGUGACACGGCUGUCUGUUGCAGGAGAAAGAAGAAGAGGCGCGCCUAGCCAGCAUGCCAGCAUGGAGGAGGGACAUCCUGCGCAAGAAGCUGGAGGAAGAGAGGGAGCAGAAACG